AUGGCGACCUCUUCAAUGAUCCCGGCAGCUGAGAAUGCUUUGACGACACCCUCUGAAAUAGCAGGAUUUCCAAUGACAUUAAAUUCAGCUACAGCAGCACCGUCUUUAUCUACAAUUGCUGUUUCAACCAAUAUACCACUUCUCGCUGAUACUCCAUCUACUAUGGUAGCAGAAACAACACCCUCGAGCUUGGAAACAGCUUCAACCUCACAAGUGCCGUCAAAUAGUGGAAAUACUGUAGUGCCUAUUUCCUCAAGAUCACAACUGGCAACGACGACGCAGCCAUCAAGUUUGCUCAGGACUUUCGCUGAGGAUGCAGUAGUGGAUUCGCCUGUUGCUCCGGCCCCUCAAUUUCCAGGCGCGCCAGCAACAUUAGCGACUAGCGCGCCGGCAACAUUAGCGACUAGCGCAUCGCAGUCGAAUACACUUGGUGCCAACAUACAAAGCACCACCAUCUCUCCUGAAAUUCAGACAAGUGAUGCAUUAGCCACAAGCAGCUCAGUGAUUGGAUCUUUAAAGAGCAUUUCAUCUUCAUCUCCGCCUUCUGAGAGUAUUGCACCUUCAAGUGGUGCAAGACCAUCGUCGCCGCAAAAAGUGGAGACUUCUAAUAUUGUCGCCACUAUCAAGCAAUCUCCUGAAACCUCUCCUUUGAUGUCUGGUGUUGAAUCAAAUGCUGAAAAAGCAAUAUCAAGAAGUAUCAAUGUGGUUUUAAGCGAACCCUCCGCUAUCAUCGAUAGUGAGAAAUCUGUGGCAAAUUUCACCAUUUCGGAUGUGGCGAACUCAGAUUUAAAUAUUGAUGGCGAUGAAGGUUUUCAUCAAUCAGUCAUCAACUUGACGCGUUCAUUCGGUCCUGCACGUGACACAGCAAGCAGGUCCGCAAAUAUAUUAAUAGUCACAGCGGUGACUACAAAUAUUGCAAGUGCUGUUAUCAGCAUAGCAACGAGCAGUACGGCUGCCAUAUCGAGUGCCACGACAGGAAUGGCGGCAACUCAGGGAUGUUGGAAUACUAUCGAUGGUGGCGUAAUUCGAGCAAACUGGGGACAUGAAGCGCCUGUUGUCGAUUUCACUGACUUUUUCAUGUUGAUCAAUUAUUUGCAGUUCGUAUCAUCAACCAGCCAUCUUAGUCUUCCAACCGCUCCUGAUUUUUUUUUUCAGUUUACGGACGCAUUAGGAUGGUGCAAUUUACAGCCUACCAGCGCACAUGAGUCUUCUAAAAAUAAUGAGGAAAAAGGGAGCCUUGUGAGUGAGAACAUUUCAAAUUUCACGGUCGCGGAUGGUGAUAUCAUAUCAGGAAUACUUGCGUAUGCAGAGAGAAUCAAUAUUCAACCAGAAGAGCUUUUUCCAAAAACUGCUAUAGUGUUUGGAAGUAUUGUCGGAGGCGUAGCAGCUGUUGUGGCAACGCUCUAUUCGCUGUUACGCCUUGUGCUGCGCGAACAAUAUGAGCUUAUUGUUCAGCGACUUGACGACUUACCCCGUGCCCGACUCUUGAUGCGCCUGUUGAUCCAGUCUUGUCUAUCUGUCUGCCUGCUAAGCGAGUAUGCGCUUAGGGUCGUCAAGAUCAGGAAUAAAAGCGAAGAUGAUCUGUUAAAUCCAGACUUUAAAUUUGCAUGGGGAGCCUACUACAAGUAUUAUCAUUACGAGCAACGUUACUUUUUCGUGGCUAAAAUGGGUGCAGAAAUUCUUUCUGGCAUCAUCAUUGGACUUGUGAGCGACGUGCCUUCCCAAUUGACACUGCUCAUGGCAUUGCAACUUGCCAUGUUCCUUUACACGGUCGAAUGUGCACCGUACACGAUGGAUUUUCAGUCAGUGUGUUCUUCAAUUGCCUUCGUCAUGAAGAUGGUCACAUAUGCGCUAAUUUCUUCAUUUCUAACACCGGCAACGGAUGUUACCUUGCAAGAUUUUAUCGGCACACUUGUCAUUAUGCUGCAAUUGACGCUUCUCGUGCUACACAAUUCUCGUCAGCUGUAUGUCUUAUACAAACAGACGACAUAUCUUUGGGAGAUACGGCAAAAACGUCUGUUACAUCGCCUGGAAAUGAAGGAUAAGAAUCACGCUGUAUUGGCAUAA